AUGGGGGUUCGUCGAAUUGAGUUUCAGCCGCAAAAAUUGCCCAAAGGGAAUACUAGCCUUAAGACUCCUGGGGUGAAAAGAACCAUACUCAAGAAACUGACCGUCACCAACUUGAAGAAGGUCGGAGUUAGCGAUUCCGUCUUUGUGAAGGGGAAGGUGGCGCCCGAAGCCAAGAGAUUUGCCAUCAACUUGGGCCGAGAUAACUCGAACGUGCUGAUUCACUUUAACCCUCGCUUUGACGAGAACGUGGUUGUGUAUAAUACCAGGAAGGAUGGAAAGUGGGGUUCAGAGACGCGUGAUCAUCAGUUCCCAUUCAAGCAGGGAGAAAUCACCAAGCUCACUUUCACCUUAAACAGCGGUGAGGUAACAGUGAAUUAUCCUGACGGCCAUCGGUUUGAUUUCAAAAGACAAAUAAACCUGGACUAUGUCGAGUACAUCUCAGCGGCAGGAGACUUCGAGGUCCAAUCUAUCGACAUCAAAUGA